AUGUCCAGGUCUUUUUACGUCGAUUCUUUAAUCAUCAAGGAUACUGUUCGACCUGGACCGGUCGAGCAUCCGGGACAAGACUUCCUUAUUCCCAUCAGCAUGCAUUCUCCGAGCGUCAUGACGGUCGCCGCUCCGGUGUGUCCGUCCAGGAAAACGGGGACUUUCUGCGUGUGCCCGCUGUGCGUCACGUCCCACAUCCACUCUUCUCGCAGCGGCAUUCCCAUGCUGAAGAGUCAGUUUCCUGGAGCGGAGGCGCAGUACUGUCAGAGGAUAGCGCAUCAGCAGUCUCCGGCACUGGCGCACCCGGGACAUACACCUGUCUGCACGCCCACCUUCAGCGUCACAGAUCCAAGGAGAUACCACUGUCUUUCUAUUGGCGCCUCGGAGAGCAGCCACAUACAGAAUGGUAAGAGGAUGCGCACGGCUUUCACAAGCACGCAACUCCUGGAACUUGAAAGGGAGUUUUCCACGAACAUGUAUCUCUCGAGACUGCGAAGAAUCGAAAUCGCCACGUAUUUGAACCUGUCGGAGAAACAGGUGAAAAUCUGGUUUCAGAACCGCAGGGUGAAGCACAAGAAGGAGGGCAAAGCUACCCAGAGGAGCGCGCACAGCGGUUGCAAGUGCACGACCGGCCACACGGACUAUUCGAGGUCAGAGGACGAGGAGUCUCUGUCCCCGGCCUCAGCUUCCGAGGAGAAAGAGGUGUCACCCAUCUGACAAGAAAACUCCCAACUCCCACUGCUGGCACUUAACUCUGCCCUGCUGCAGCUCACGGCAACCUCUGGGGAAGAAAACUCCUGCAUGAGACUCAAACAAAGUGUUGAACUUCAUCUAUACCCUGCUUUUAAAUUAAAGGAAGAAAGUGAAUACAUGUUUUAACACUGUUGUGAAAUAUUGGGACCUACUGUUUGCCGUAAUAAUUAUGUACUUUGAUCCAGUAAGGGUCUAGUCCCCAGUAAAUGUUUUCAAAUGUUGCCUGAUAUCCCAAUACUGUCGGUGAGGUAAUGAAAGCCCUUAGUAAAUAUAGAGGCCUAACCUGUGUGGAACCUGUACGCAGCA